CAAUAUCUGUAAUUUUUCAUGAUUUAAGAUCUUAAAUCUUAAAUCUUAAAUCACGGGCUUUAUCUAAAUCUUAAAUCAUGACCUAACUAUGGUUAUGCCAUUAAAUUUUUAUUGAUUUUACUAAAAUCAAAUUUUCGAAUUAUUCUUAUAUUUUAAAUACUAUUUGAAAACAUUAUGUUGAGUUAUUUAAUUAUUAAUAUGUAUUAAACGAUGAAUGAUGCAAAAACAUUUGACCAAUUACCUGUUGAGGUAAUUUCUCAUAUUUUUCUAUUUUUGCAAUUUGGAGAAAAAAAAAUUGCAUCAACUGUUUGCUGGUCCUGGUACGAAGCUUCUAUUCACCCGAUGUUCUUAAAUAAUGAAGUUAUAUGUCUUAAAGAUAUGGAUAACCAAGAAAUUCAAGAAGCACUCAAAGUAUACACUAAGAGCUUACGUGCUUUUUUCACAUUUAAAAUAUGUGGUCUAGGGAUUUCAUUUCAAAAUAAUGAUGAAGAUGAUCCUGAAAUAUUAAUAAAUGAAAAUCAUUGGGUGAAGACAGUUUGGCCUUUAUUAGCAACAAAAGUAUUUUUUUUAGAAUUUUUUGAUACUGUUGAAUUUAUUGAUGACAUAUUACCAGCAUUACUAAAUGAAACUCAACACUUGAAAGCAUUAAAAAUUCAUAAUCUUCAGUAUAGUCCUAAAGAAGAGUUGCACAAAGUGAAAAGAUUACAGUUACUUGAAGAAUUAACAUUAGAUAAUUUGCAAACAGAUAACAUUGACAAUGAUAAACUAUUUGGAAUUAUACCAAAACAAUUACGUAAAAUUUGUUUGAAAUCCAUGUGGUGCAGUAAAUUUAUCAUUGAUGAUAUUAAUAAAGUAUUAAAUUAUUGUUCAUUUUAUCUUGAGACCCUUGAACUUAUUAAUAUAGAUGUAACACCUGAAUUGAUGCGAUCAAUAGCAAGUCUUGGUAUGAAGCUGAAGCGAUUUUGCUUAGUUAUAGCAGAUUCUAUGUACUAUGAUCAUGAACCACAAAUUAUAUGGCCACUUUUUAAAACUCAAUGGCCAUUAAUUGAUUUAACUUUACGUGCUGAUUGCUUAACUAAUGAACAUUUAUAUAUUAUAACUAAUACAUUCAAAAAUUUAGAGAAAUUAUCGGUGUCCAGUGAUUCUGCUACUUGUAAUGUAACUAAAGAUGGAAUAGAUUCAUUUGUUACUUUAAAAAAAUUAAAAACUCUCUACGUAGGAUUUGGGAGGGAGUACAGUGCUUAUGGAGCAUUUUAUUAGCAGUAUAAUCCCCAAAUGCUUGGUUUUUUAAUUUUUGGUAUUAUGACCACAAUUUGAUGAAAUACAUUUUUUUUUAAAAAGCUUUUAUCAACUGCUGAAAAACAAUUUACUUGUUAUUAUCAGUGCAUAAGGUUGUGUGUUAUAAUACCAUAUAAAACAUAUAUAUUUAACAUCAAUACAUAAAACAAUUAAUAUGAAUAUUAUUAUUUCUAGACAUAAAUACCACAUAAGUACUUGUAUUAAAAAUUGAUUAAUUAUACAACUAAUUAAAUGUAAUUGAUAAAUAAUAAAAUCAAGAUAUAA